GUGCUUCUGUCUUUUUUUUUUUCUCUUAAAGGAGAAGCGACGCAAAGAAGCGCGGCCCGCUUUCGAGAACUGACGAAAAAAGAAAAUUGUUUGAUCCUGUAUCUUUAAGGAUGAAGAAAUCGGGAUUUUGAGGGUGUUGUUGUUUUUUUUUUUUUUCUCCCAAAUCAGCAAUUUGAAUAAAAUGCAAUUUAAUAAUAUAUAUUAAAAUAUAUCUAAUAUUUUUUUUUUUUUCAAAAAAAAAAAAAAGGCCCAGUUUAAUCGGAUCUCCAAACCCACCGCCUCUCCCAAAGCGCCCGUCCAGCAGCUCGCUUUUGCGGUAUCUUUUUUUAACGCAGUCCGAGGCGGGCGGUUAUGGAACCGGAGCCGAACCGGGGUGGAGGCACCAGCGGCGAGAAGACCGAGCCUCCAACUCCGCCCCAGCCGCCGCCGAACAACGAAGAAGCGGCAGCGGCAGCGUGCGGAGAUGCAACGGUGACCUCCGCGGCAGCUCUCAGCCCCGCCGCCCCGGGCAGAGUGCUCCGGGACCGGUCUGCAGGCCGAACCUUGACCGCGGCUGCAGCAGCGGCCCUGUCGGCCUCGGAGGUCCGGAGCCCCGGCGAGCAAACGCGGCCCGGUUCGGGGAGAGUACUGCGGGAGCGGACGGGCCGCGGCUCUGGGUUUGGAGGAGCCGGGGAUAGCAAGAGCCGCGCCUCCCCGGCCGGUGGACUCCAACCAGCGGCCGCAGCGAUAGGAGACGGCCCUGCCGCCCGCCGGAGGAAAGCGGAAUAUCCCCGCCGCAGGAGGAACGCCGGCGCCCGGGGAGAAAGCGCGGAGGAGGCGGUGGAUGACAGCGGCCUAACCGUAGAUUCCGAAGACACACAGAAUUCUACAGAGAAAGGAGACACCGCUGUCGUACCUGCAGGGCCCGCCGGCCCAAAAUCCCGCCCCACCAGGUCCCGAAGGGGCGGGCGAGUCUCCACCCCCCGCCAGCGGGCCCCUGCGGAGAACUCGAGGGCCACAAAGUCCCGCGGGGGCCCGGGACCACUGAUCUGCAAGGCAGAGCCAGAUACUGAACAGAAGGAGUAUGGGGGUACCUCUGGGGUGCUCCAGUCUCUCCUGGUGUGAGGUAAGGCUGGCUUGUGUGCUUCUCUG